CUGCCCUCCUCCCCGUGGGAAUUGCGCGCAUGCGCAGAGAGGCAGGAAGCGCCGCGGUUGCCGUGACAACGGCGUCGGCCCCGCGGCGCGGCUGAGCCGGGGAUUCGACGGCCCCCGGUUCGGCCCGGCCCGGCCUGGCCCGGCCCGCACAUGCCGCGGAAAGCGCUGCUCUGCGUCCUGCAGCUGGACAUCCGCUCGAUAACUUGCCCCGGAGUGGUGUUGAAAGGCAAAGAGGAACUUUAUCUCAGUGUCUCUGUACUUGGGCACUACAAAAAGACUCAAUGUGUCCCUGCAGUGUUUCCACUUGUCUUUCAAGAAAAACUCAUAUUUGAAAAGGCAUAUCCUGAUGUAGUUGAUCCUGGAGAUCUUAUGAAGUUACUGGAAUUUGACACAGCAGUACUUGAACUAAUACAGCUCAUUCCUCCAGUAGGAAAAAUUCUAGCUACGUAUGAAGAAAAUACAAGAGAUUUCCUGUUCCCUGACCCUAAGCUUACCUGUGGGCACCGUGGUUUAGAUCGUGAGAUUUUAAUGAAGAGAUCCUCUUCUUUUCCAGGAAUUGCACCAAAAUUGAGAUUUUCUACAAGCUCCCUUAUUACAGAAAGUUUGUUAAGCUCAGGAAGAAGUCACAUACAGGGUGAUUUGAAUGGAGUCCAUCACUCAGCCCCACACAGAAAACUGCAAACCAAAUUACCUAAGGAAAACACUCUUUCACCUGAGAAAACCAGACACAGCUCAGCAUCAAAGAACUACCAGCAGCCUACAAUAGCUUCUAAAUCUCGUUCUCCAUCUCCAUACACAAAGAGAAGAAUGUGUGAGCUCUCCCAAGAAGCAGGGCAGCGAUUGGCCCAUUUAAACCUUGGGCCUUAUGAAUUCAGAAGAGAAACUGAUAAACCUCCCUUUGUAGUCAGACGGGUUGAACAAUCAAGUCCUAGUAUUAAACUUCUUACCUGGUGCCCCAUGCAAGAAAGCACAGCAGAAGCCUGGACCAAGGUAGACUAUGAUCCUUCUCUUCUUGGCAGCUACAGACCCAAGAAAGCCAAAGCCAUGCCUAUUCAUGCUAAAGCCUUGGACCAUUCUGACGUUUGCAAUGAGGAUGGCAUCUUGGAUCCAGCCAACAGACAGUCCUGUUCUGGUGCUGUGUUACAGCAUUCAGCACCUCCAGAAUUUCAGAAGCAUUCUCUAAAUUCUGUGCUAAACCGAUCUUCUCUGAGGGAAAGAUUCAGCUCUGGUUGGCUUUCACCAGCAAAUGGAGAUGAGAUCCAUAAAAGAGUUAAAAACAUUUUAAGGACACACAGUGCUAGACAGCGCCUCAGAUUUGAUGACAGCAAUGCAACAAAAGGAGACUUGAGUAAGACAAGAGAAUCUUUGUGUAGAGCACCCUUAUCCAUGAGGGAACUGCAAAGCAGUUCACCAGUGCAGCAGAAAACUACUCUUCACUUGGAUAAUGGUGAAUAUUGGUCUACUCGUGCAGCUGGAUACAAAGGGAAGUCUCACAGAGCCAUCUUUGAAGAGAGUCUCGAGAAAAUAUAUAGAAACCUGUACCAAAAAGCUGCUGGCACUGUUUCAGACCCAAAACUUCACUCCUGAUACAAAUUUACCAGGAAAUGCAUAGUAUACAGUGUCCAUCUUUUUAAUGAAACCUAUUUUUAUGUAACGAAUAUUUGUACUCUUUUUUUAGGG